AUGUUUUGUAAUUGGUCACAUACUUUUGCCAAUCGUCAUCUUUGCCCCGCCCUCACAUAAUGCAGCAUGGGCGAAAAUACCAGAGCGAAAAGCUACAGCUGAGGUGACUUCUGUCAACGAUUUUGUUCGACUGAGCGAAAGUGAUGGUCAAACAAUGCCGAUAGUGGACAAACUCAAAGAGGCACUAAAACCAGGCCGAAAGGAGACAGGCGAUGAGGGCGACCUCAAUAAACUGUUGGCUUCAUCUGCCAAGAAGGUCCUUUUGCAGAAGAUAGAGUUUGAGCCUGCCAGCAAGGGUUUCUCCUAUCAGCUGGACAGCUUAAAGAACAAGUAUGUCAUCCUCAACCCCAGGAAUGAAGGUGCCACAGGACAGAAGGUCACAGAGCCUCUGCCAAUUAAGAGGCAAGUCUCAGAGAACCUGGUUGGGAGCCACAGUGAUGGGAUUCCCGCCCCACAAAAGAUGCUCUUUCCAGGGAACAAACUUGCCCUCAAAUGGGAGCGUGUAUACAGGGUCGGAGCAGGCCUCCACAACCUAGGAAACACCUGUUUCCUCAACUCAACAGUGCAGUGUCUCACCUACACCCCACCACUGGCAAACUACUUACUCUCAAAGGAGCACAGCCGUGCCUGUCACCAGUCGGGCUUCUGUAUGAUUUGUAUAAUGCAGAACCACAUCAUCCAAGCCUUUGCCAACACAGGCAAUGCCAUCAAGCCUGUCUCCUUCAUCAGAGAGCUGAAAAAAAUUGCCCGACAUUUUCGCUUUGGGAGCCAGGAGGAUGCCCAUGAGUUUCUGCGGUACACCAUUGAUGCCAUGCAGAAAGCCUGUCUGAAUGGCUACCCAAAGCUUGACAGGCAGACCCAGGCCACAACACUGGUUCACCAGAUUUUUGGAGGUUACCUCAGGUCAAGAGUAAAAUGCUCUAUUUGUAAGAGUGUGUCUGACACGUACGAUCCUUACCUGGACAUUGCUGUGGAGAUUAGACAAGCAGCAAACUAUGUGCGAGCCCUGGAGCUGUUUGUCAAACCAGACGUGUUAAGUGGAGAGAAUGCUUACAUGUGUGCCAAGUGUAAAAAGAAAGUGCCAGCAACCAAACGCUUUACAGUACACAGGACAUCCAACGUACUGACUCUUUCACUGAAAAGGUUCGCUAACUUUAGCGGUGGCAAAAUAACUAAGGACGUUGGAUAUCCAGAGUUUCUCAAUAUUCGGCCCUACAUGUCUCAGAGCUCAGGCGAUCCAGUUAUGUACGGCCUUUACGCUGUGCUAGUGCACUCUGGGUACAGUUGUCACGCUGGCCACUACUACUGCUACGUCAAAGCCAGUAACGGACAAUGGUACCAGAUGAAUGACUCGAUGGUACACUCCAGUAACAUCAAAGUGGUCUUGAACCAGCAGGCCUACGUGCUGUUUUACCUGAGGAUCCCUGAAAGCAAGAAGAAUGCGGAUGGACACAGCACCAAACAGGCUUUGUUGCAUCCAGGGAAGAACAGCACGUCAUCUGAACAGAUAAAGAGGGUCAAUCUGAACGGACCUCUCUCCUCUCCACAGGUCACAAAGAAACUAGAGCCUGCACUAUUGCGUAAGAUCCAGUCUGUGGAUGGCGGUCUGGGCCUCCCCGUUUCCAGGAAUGGUGUAAGCAGUCAGGCACAACCCAAACCUUCUAAUUGGACAUCAUCGUCCAGUGGUCCGGCAAAAGUCCAAGGUGCACCCACAGUGAUUGAGGAACCAUUCAAGAAGCUGAAGAAGCCGUCCCCCCAGGGUCAGCUGCAGUCCCGCAGCAGCACUCCCACCCCAUUCAACAACGGGGUCUCUAGGGCGGAGGGGGACAAAAAGCAAGGAGGCGAGGGCAGAGGCCUUGCAGCAUCUACCUCAUUCAAGUGUUUGUCUGACUCGUCCUCUGCUGACACCACAGAGUCAAAGGAAUCUUCCUCUCCUAAAAGUGCACCAGUAGGAGAGCUGCCCUCCACCCCGCGUAAAAGCUCCAAUGGUUUUACGUCUCCAGCCAGGAGUGUGGAGCGCUCACAGAGCACAGAGGAGCAGAAGACAGCGAAAAUAAAACCCUCAGCUCUGGGCAACAUCACAUCUGAAGCCACCAGCACUAUGUCACCUCCGCCUGCCAAAAAACUGGCCCUGUCAGCCAAGAAGGCUCACAACCGGAGUCCGAGCAACACUGAUUCUCCGCCCCCUUUGUCGCGCCAGCUCUCCAGCAACCCCACGCUUCAGAAUAAACCUAUUGCCCUCACCUCUGCCUCAACUUCUCUCAUUUACAGAGCUGUUCCAUUUCAUUCACCUAACGUCCAGUCAUCACCUUUUGCCAACACAAGUCUCUCCUUCAAACAGCAGAGUUCUCAGAAACAGCCCCCUCACUUCUCACUGCACAAACCAAAUGCAGGCCCUUCAGUCCAAACCAACGGGCAUCACAGUCCCAGCCCGAAGAGCCCCACGUCUACCACCAACCUCAACAACCCAGGCCAAGGUUCGGACCUCAGUGGGAAUUUACCUCCAAAGGACAGCCAGAAGAAGAAAAAGAAGAGGAAGAAGAGACGCCAUUCUGAAGUAGAGGUCGACACGGAUAGGGCGACUAUCCCAGCUCCCGCCGCAGCCACCAACCCUGUGGGGAUGAAUGAAAAGAAGCACAAGAAGAAAAAGAAAAAGCGAAAGCGGGAUGUUGAAAAUGGAGAGGAGAAGGAGAGGGAGUGCGUCUCCUCUCAUUUGGACAAAACGAAUCAGGAGGAGGAGUGGUGUCAAGGUGGCAUGUGGAGUCUGACGUCCGAACCCGAAUUAACUCCUACAAUUCCAACGCAGUGUGAAUCUGGUGUGAAAGAGCAGGAAAAGGACAGUUUGGUGUCAAAGAAGAAGAAAAAGAAGAAAAAAAAGGUGAUGCAACUGGUGGAGGCGCUGCAGCCCGCCACCUCGGCGUGUUCUUCAUCCAAAAGCAUCUCUGGGGUGAAGGCUGCACUCAAGAACGAUAAAGCAGAUUCCACCAUCCUGAAAACCAAGUUAAAGAUGAAAAAGAAGAAGAGGCUAAAGGAAGAUGUGAGACAGUGGGAGGAGAGCAGGCGGUGCUCUGAUGGGAAAAGAGAGAGCGAAGAGUGUGAACCUGCAGAGACGCCGUCGAAAAAGAAAACCUCGGAAAACGGCCAGAUGAGCAAACAAAGUACAGUUCCAAUGGUGAAGUGGGACAGCCAAGUCAAGGAUGGCUAUAAACGCAGCCAAGCUCCAGCAUCUAAUGGCAGUGAGACUGGUGACACCACAAAGACCUGCAUUGUGUCUGGAGGCUGGGAUGGUAAGAAGACCAGUGGUGUGGUCGAGGAGCUGCUGAAAAACGCAGCAGACAAGGCCUACGGAACCAACGUGCUCACCUGGGACGGAGACGUCUCUGCCAUCAGUAGAGACGCCAUGGAAGAUGUCCGCCAUGCUAAGAGUGACACUGUGAUUGAUGAGUGGGACGAGGACUUUGAUAGAGGGAAGGUUAAGAAAGUUAAAAACUAUAAAAGAGAGAGUUGGAGGAGUGGCAGCAGCAUCUUCCAGAAGAUUCAGGACAGGAGGAACAAGUGGUCCGUAACACCGGGAGGCAAGAGAGUUUUUGGUGUCCGUCGCUGAUGAUGUCACGUUCACCAGAGAUUGAGACACGGCACCGUACCAAACUUCUCUGCAUUUAUACUUUUCUUUUUUUUUUUUUUAUUUGUUUUUUUUUUUUAAUCUUUUUAAUUUUUUAAAAAUCUAGUUCUAACUCCGAUCUAAAUUCAAGAAAAGCAACGAGCCAGUGGCUCCAGAGCCAUUUCACACACUUGUGUGAGUGUCGAGGAUAAAUAAUCCAACCCUUGUCUUUAUUGGCCAGGUGAAUUUAAGAAGUCUGAUUGCGUUUUAAUCCAUUUACAACAUAGGGCUGUCAUUUCUUUUCCUUAAAAAAUUCUUUCAACUCCUAAGACAGACAAUUGUUGGGCCUCACAAACACACCCCCCCUGUUAAUUGUUGCUGUUUCCUCUGCUACAGCAUUGAGAUAUUAGUCGGUAAAAGUCAAUGGCCAAGGAAAGGCUGCGUUCAGCCACCUUUCUCUGUUUUUUCUCCGACCUAGAGGCCUAUUUAGCUUUAGCAAACUCUAGUUCCUUUAUUUAUGGUUGUCAAAUUCUAGAACCAGAAAUCUACUGCUCUACACAUGCUGAGAUUGAGCUGUUUAAUGCAUUUACCUGAAGUGAAACAAAAUAGUAUCCAAUUAUUCAUAGAUGGUGGUAUUUAAGCUGUGCUUAAAGUGCUCUCCUUGCUUGAUAGCCUUUCAAAAAAGUCAAAGCUGAAUUUAGAAUUCAAUAUUUGACCUUUCAUCCACAAAUUUAAACCAGAUGCAUGAACAGCAGGUGAAAAAUGACAGCCCUAUUGCUUCAAACAGCGUCGUCCAUCUUUUUAAAUUUUUUUUGUUUUUCAGAAUUUAACAGAAAUACAUUCACAUUCAUGUCACAUGAACUACUGUACAGUAUUUUAACAUUAUCUGAGCCAUAUUGACUCCCCUGACACUGUAAGAUGCUAUGGAUUUACAAUACUUUACAAUCCACGUGAACCACAGUCGUUGAAUGGAAUUUUUGAAGCUGUUGAAACGUUUGAUACAUCUGCUCUCUCAUGAUGAUCUCUUUGCAGAUUAAAGGGCUCAGUGAUGGGUACUUUAAGAUGUGAUCUUAUUCAAUUAUAGUUAAUGACAAUAAUUAGACAUUUGUGAUAUAAUAAAACUAUAUAUUUUUAUUAUGAUUUUUUUUUGGUAUGUGUUUCCUCAGGAUCAAAUUUUGCCACCUUGUUGGUGAAAUUUGGGUUUAAAUUGGAUCAUGUUUGAAAUCCGUUCAAGCAAUUUGUUUUAUGUUGUUUGUGUGUUCUUUGUUUUCUCUUCUUAAAACGCCUUCUUUUCAAAUGUCAGUGCAUCAAUGAGCACAAAUGCAACGAUCAAAUAAACGCUCUAACCCUAAUGGAAACAACACAUCAGUGCGGUGUGCUGUUACAGAAUUGAUGAUGUGAUUGUUGGAGGAAAUUAGACCAGAGGGUUUUGUUGUCCUCCCCUUCCUCUCCUCCCCCCCACACUGUUUUUCUGUGUAAACUGCUGCUCAUCCCAUCAGUCCGCACCUCACAUGUCUGGUGGUUUGAGCUUUCCAGUAACUGUAACAACACCAGUUACUCAGCAGUAAUUCACAAAAAUACUCCAAUAAAAAGGUCAAAAAGUAAUAUUCCGGACACUGUGUUCCAACGGGACUGUCGCACCAUUUUUCCUCUUUGUAUUCCAAUAUUUCUAUGCAAUAUUUUGACACCCACGCUGGUCACCUACAAACUGGGCUAGGACUCAGGAAUCCGACUUUCUGUAUCCCAUCAUCCUCUGUCUUCACCCCCUUCUCUCCCUUCAUACUACGGACCACAAUUUGCAUCCUGUAGAAACGGUUUUAUACCAAGUAUUUCAGGUGUUGACACCAUGGGAUCAUCUCGCUCCAACCCCCGGCACAGAUGCAAAGAGAAAUCUAACAUUGUUCCAAAAACCGCUUUGCCAGUGUAGAGGACUGUACAGCCCGUCCUGUGCUCCCUGUGUUUCCCUCCUAAUGCUGUAAAGAUAUGCCCACGCAUUUCUUUUCAUUCUAGAGAUGUCGCCUUGAAUUGGCUCUAAAAAUAUAGAAUUCAAUGUCAUGACUAAUAUAAUUUAAAAGAAGAAAGAUCUUUAAUGUGCUUCUAAUACUUGGAUCAGUCGGUGGAUGUGAAAUUUGGGAAUUUAUCUGCAAAUGUGUUUGUUUAGUUGUGUAAAAGGAGAGUUUGACUGUUUUCAUGCAGGAGCCUCCUCCCCUGUGUCACUGUAGUCGAUGUGAGCAGGAAACAGCGGCUGCCGCGGCCCUCGUUUGCUGACGUGUUUGUAGGGUUUGACUCUGUCACUUGACUCAGAGGAACAUUUCCCAGUAUCAAUGGACUCUUCACGUGUUUGCAGCAAUGGUUCUUUAUUUUGCACCACCUUUUCUGACCAAGGCGGAGACCUUUCAUACUGAAAGUGGCUCUUAUCCACUCUAGUUAACUAUGGCGGUGCAAUAAAGUUGUGACUUUUGUGAGA